AUGACAAGGGUGUCAAUUAGACCUUGUCAUGCCUAUGAGUAUAUGGUCGAACAGAGCGAGGAAUAUAGGAGAGUGGGAUUUACCGUGAAGGACCUCUACAAUAAGAUCGACCAACAACGAAGGACCACCCCAUUUGAGAGUGAUUCUGAAUGCGCACUUUUGUACAUGAAUGCACUAGCAGUAAAAGAUCUUCACUUCUUCUGUCGAUUCACGACAGAUUCAGAAGAUAGGAUGGUGGACAUGUUUUGGCGAAAUGGGCAUUCAUUUGUUGACUAUCAGUGUUAUGGGGAUGUGUUGACAUUCAACAGCACUUACAAAACCAAUGUCUACAACAGGCCAUUGUUUUUGUUUGUUGGGACGAAUAAUCAUCGGGGUAGUAUUGUGUUCGGUGCUGCUCUUCUUUCAGAUGAGACCGUGGAGACUUACACUUGGUUACUUAGUAAAUUCCUGGAUUCGAUGAACGGGAAAAUGCCAAAGGCUAUAAUCAUAGACGGAGACGAGGUCAUGCGUAAUGUCAUUCGAACCGUGAUGCCGGAAGCAAGGCACCGUCUCUGUAUUUGGCACAUAGGUCAAAAUGCUAAUAGCCACUUAAAGUCAGUGGAAAAGUUAAAGGCUUUCAACAGGUGCAUUAGGAAGUAUCAAACGGUUGAGCAAUUUGAUAGGUUAUGGCAAGAUAUGCUAGACGAAUUUGAUCUCCACAACAAUGAUUGGAUCAACAAUGUGUAUGAAAAGAGAGACAAGUUUAGUCAAGCAUUCUUCCGUGAUAUAUUUAUGGCCGGCAUGAGAAGCACACAAAUUAAGGAGUGA